AUGGCACAACUACAGCAACUGUUCAAUAACGCGGUGCAACCCCUGCCGGCGAUCAAAGACCAAAGCUUCGGAUCUCGCUUUGACAGCUAUGCAGACAGGCAAGUAGUUCUUCUGGGCGAUGGUAGCCAUGGCACGUCAGAAUUUUAUUCUGCACGAGCAGAGAUCACUAAACGAUUGAUCGAGCGACAUGGUUACAUGAUGGUUGCAGUCGAAGCCGACUGGCCCGAUGCAGAGGCUAUCGAUCGGUACGUGAGGAUGCGUCCAGGUCCCAAGGCACAGAUUGGAGGUGUGGCCAAUGGGUAUGAGCCAUUCAAGCGGUUUCCCACCUGGAUGUGGCGCAACCGCGAGAUGCAGGACCUGGUUGAGUGGAUGCGUGAUCGGAAUCAGACCUUGCCCCCGGAGCGGCGCGCCGGAUUCUACGGUCUCGACCUGUAUAGCAUGGGCGCGUCCAUUCGGGCCAUCAUCGACUACUUGGACAGGGUAGACCCGAAGGCAGGCAAAGAAGCACGACGACGCUACGGGUGUUUGGAACCCUGGGUGGAUGAUCCAACGACUUAUGGUCUGGCCUCGCUUCGAGGAAUGGAGACCUGCGAGAGCCAGGUGAUGGAGAUGUUGCGCGAUCUGUUAAAUCGACGGCUGGAAUACGCGCAGCAUGAUGUGCGUGAUGGCGAGGAAGCCCACAGCGUUGAACAGAACGCGUACCUUGUACGAGACGCAGAGGAGUACUAUAAGGCGAUGUACUACAGUUCUGCGAGCUCGUGGACAUUGCGCGACACGCACAUGUUUGACACUCUGUACCGGUUGCUGGAGCACCGCCCGCCCCCGGUGAACAAGGCCAUCGUAUGGGCGCAUAACUCGCACGUCGGUGAUGCCCGCUACACGAGCAUGGGCAUCCGACGCAACGAAGUGAACAUCGGCCAGCUCUGCCGCGAGCGGCUGGGUCGUGAUAACGUCGCCAUUCUCGGGUGUGGCACCCACACGGGCACCGUUGCCGCAGCUCACGAGUGGGGCGAUGACAUGGAGGUUAUGGCCGUGAAUCCCUCCCGAGAUGACAGCUGGGAGAUAGUCGCUCAUGACUCGGGGAUCCCAAGCUUUCUGCUCGAUCUCCGUCGAGACCGCAUGGAUCCCGCUCUGCGCGCGGCCUUGGAUGCAGAAAAUCGCCUCGAGCGAUUCAUCGGCGUCAUCUACCGUCCGGACACUGAGCGCAUCUCGCACUAUUCGCUCUCUUAUCUUCAUAACCAGUUCGAUGGCUAUAUUUGGUUUGAUCGUACCCAGGCCGUCCAGCCGUUGGAGGUCCUUCAGCCGGCGACUCCUCUGGGAACGGGCGAGACGUAUCCAUUUGGACUAUAG